AUGUCUUUUAAUGAAUUUCUUCAAAGUUUAAAAAACACACUACAAAAUUUAUUGCUCAAAUCAUUACUGUGCUUGUGCAAACACCAACGCAAUAUGUCAUCAAAAUCUGAAGUUAGCAAAUACAGGGAACGGUCUAGAAGCAGAUCUCCAGCUCAUAGAAGGGAACAUAUAAACAGUAAGGAUAAAUAUUCCCAUUCAAAAUCAUCAGAAAGAUCCAGACAUAGAUCUCCAAGUAAAGAUAAAAAGAAGAAAAGAGACUUGUCUAAACACAAGAAGAGUAAAAAGAAGAAGAAGAAACACAGCAGCUCCUCAAAUAGUAGCAGUAGCAGCAGCAGUAACAGUGAUGAAGAAGAAAUAAAGCUUUUGCAGAGGUUAGAAGCAGAGCGAUUAAGAUUGAAGGAAGAGAAACGGAAACAAAAGGAGUUAAUGAAAGCUAAUGAAACCCCAGAAGAAAAGAGAGCUCGUCGCCUGAGGGAGAAGCAAGAAAAGGAGCGUAAACGCCGCGAGAGAAUGGGCUGGGACACGGAAUACCAAUGCUACACCAAUCAGGACAAUCCGUUCGGAGACUCGGCACUGACGCACACGUUCGUGUGGACAAAGAAGCUCGCAAAAGAGGGCGUGAAGAGCGUGUCGCGGGAGGAGCUGGAGGCGCUGAACAGGCAGAAGCAGCUGGAGAACAAAAUCGAGCUGGAGAAGGUGAAGCAGCGGCGGCUGGAGCGGGAGGCGGAGCGCGCGGCGCGCGAGGACGAGGCGGCGGCGGCGGCGCGCGCGCGCGAGGCGGCGCAGUUCUCCAGCUGGGCGCGCCACGAGGACGCCUUCCACCUGCAGCAGGCGCGUCUGCGCUCGCAGAUACGCAUCCGCGACGGCAGGGCGAAGCCGAUCGAUCUUCUGGCUUGGUACGUGAGCUCGGAGGAGUGCGUGGACGCGCUGGAAAUGCACGAACCGUACACCUACCUGAACGGCCUGCAGAUGCAGGACCUGGAAGACCUGCUCGAGGACAUCAAGGUGUACAAGGAGCUGGAGAGCGAGGCCAACCAGCCGUACUGGCGCGACGUGCAGACCAUCGUGCUGGACGAGCUGGCCAAGCUGCGGCGGCUCAGCGCGCCGGGCGCGCGCCGCGACGGCGUGCACCGCGCCGUGGCCGACGACGUCACGCAGAUCUUCAAGGGCAAGACUGGCGCUCAGCUGGAGGAGCUGCAGACGCAGAUCGAGCAGAAGAUCAGCGGCCGCCACGACGGCGUCGACGUCGGCUACUGGGAGAGCCUGCUCAGCCAGCUCAAAGCGCACAUGGCCCGCGCGCGCCUCCGCGACCGCCACCAGCUGAACCUGCGCCGCAAGCUGCAGCUGCUGAAGCGCGAGCAGGGCGCCGAAGCGGAGGCGGAAGCGGAGGCGGAGGCGGCCGAGUGGGAGCGCGCCGAGGGCCGCGGCGCGUGCGUGGCGCUCUACCAGAGCGGCGGCUACUCGCCCGAGCCGCUGUCGCCGUCCGCCCUCGAGCCGGCCACGCUGCUCACCGCGCCCGACCACGACCGCCAGCGGCUGGCCUACCUGCGCGCCGCGCUGCUGCACCGCCACCACCGCCCCGCCCAGCCGCCGCCCCUCCACGCGCCCGCCGCGGUGAGCACCUUCGCGCACUGCCCAAAGGGGCCCACGUCGGCCCGCUCCGAUAACUGUGCUCAUGCGGCGCAGCAGGCGAGCGGCGACGCGCUGGAGCUGGCGGCGCGGCGCAGCAUGGGCGCGGCCGAGGCCGAGGGCGGCGCCCAGUUCAGCGUGGAGCACGCGCUGCCCGAGCAGCCCUGCCUCUGGGCGGACAAGUACCGCCCCCGGAAGCCGCGCUACUUCAACAGGGUGCACACUGGUUUCGAGUGGAACAAGUACAACCAGACUCACUAUGACAUGGACAACCCGCCCCCCAAGAUUGUGCAGGGCUACAAAUUCAAUAUCUUCUAUCCAGACCUCAUCGACAAGAGUUCCACGCCAGAGUUUUCCCUCAAGCCGUGCCCCGACAACCCUGAGUUCGCGGUGCUGCGCUUCCACGCCGGCCCGCCCUACGAGGACAUCGCCUUCAAGAUCGUCAGCCGCGAGUGGGAGUACUCCUACAAGCGGGGCUUCCGCUGCCACUUCCACAACAACAUCUUCCAGCUCUGGUUCCACUUCAAGCGCUACCGCUACCGCCGC